AUGGUGCGCGACAACGUGGGCAGCGAGGGGCGGCAGUACUUCCCCUUCAUCUUCACGCUGUUCAUGUUCGUGCUGUUCGGCAAUCUGCUGGGCAUGAUCCCCUCGUCCUUCACCUUCACCAGCCACAUCGUGGUCACGCUGUUCAUGGCGCUGGUGAUCUUCAUCGGGGUGACGGUGAUCGGCUUCGCGCGCCAUGGCGCCGGCUACCUGCGCCUGUUCUUCCCGCACGGCGCGCCGCUGUGGACGGCGGUGAUCCUGGUCCCGAUCGAGAUCAUCUCCUACCUGUCGCGUCCGAUCAGCCUGUCGGUGCGUCUCUUCGCCAACAUGAUGGCCGGCCACAUCCUGAUCAAAGUCUUUGCCGGCUUCGUGCUGCUGAUGGGCAUCGCGGGCGUGGUGCCGCUGGCCGCGCUGGUGGGCAUCACCGCGCUGGAAUUCCUGGUGUCGGUGCUGCAGGCCUACAUCUUCACCAUCCUGACCUGCGUCUAUCUCCACGACGCGAUCCACAUGCACUGA